AUGAGCUCGAGGAUUUUCAGAAAGUAUCAACUACCGAACAUCACAGGAAUAAUAGAUGGAACACACAUCAAAAUCACGGCUCCUAAACAAAGUCCUAUGGAUUACGUUAAUCGGAAACAAUAUCAUUCACUCAACGUAGGCGCAAUUUGCGAUGAUCGAAUGCUGUUCCGAUGGAUCAAUGCCAGCUGGCCAGGGCACGCAAGAGCUAAGAUAGAGCAGGCAUUCGAGAUUUUGAAAAGACAAUGGCUGAUAUUGCAUGGCGAGUGCAGAUACGAUCCAGAAACAGCCACGAAAAUCGUUAUAGCCUGCACGGUACUUCGGAACAUCGCCAAUAGCCGCAACGAACCUACAGUUUUCGAAGAAAGCCCUCCUGAGACAGACGAACAGGAUAUGCAUGAAAUCAACGAAGAAGACCCCUCAGCAUCGGGCCGCGCACUUAUUAAGCGCGUAAUUCAAGAAUCUUUCUGA